AGGAUUCAAAGGAUACACUCGUGUCGUAUAAUCGUAUCCGAUAUUAGUCACAGGCUGGUUACAUAGUGCAUCGUGAACACAAACAGAACCAUGAGGAAAUUUGUUUUGAUUAGUGCUGCCUUACUGCAGAUUUCGUGGUGUUAUGCAUACCCAGGUCCAGCAGGCGUAGGAGCUUACGCGUAUCAGGACUCAUCCGGCCAUAGGUACGGUGGAACAUACGAUCUGAAGGACAAUAUCAAUCCGUUCAGCGAUCCCUUCGCAGUUCCGUUCAACGACGUCGACACAUUCUUCCCCGAUUACUUUAGGAACUACGAAAAUAUAUUACAACAGAUUUUCGCUUCUGAUUUAGAGAACCAAAGGUUAGCGUCAUACGCUGCUCAAAAAGCGUAUGAUCUAACAUUUAACCAACCUGGUUACCAUACGAAUUUCCUUAGGUUCCCCAAUUUUGGAGGAUUCCCAUUUUUUGGACCAGGACCGACGCCAUUUAACAUGGCCCAAGGUAGUCACAAUGCAGCCUUCGCAGGUGCUGCUGCAGGUCCCGGUUUUAGCCAUCAAGUUGCUGGUAUUGAUCCGGUCAACGUGAAUAUACCAAACGUGGAUGUAACCAACCGCUUUAACAAUGUGGAAAGGAGCAAUAGCCCUGGAAAGUUCUACAGCGUUUCAAGCUCUUCAUUUGCCUCGUCUUCUAAUCUAAACGGAAAAGCCGGGGGCCACAGAGAAGCUGAAACGGUUGUUAACGACAAUGGAAGAAUUACCAAGUAUAAGGUCCACAGCUAAGCAAUCGUCACUCUGAACCUUAUGUCUGUAACAAACGUGACACUGGAGUUGUGGCCUUUGCCCACCAUAUCGAGUUAACACCGAUUCGGCCGAAAUUGCAGCAUUUUGUACUAGUAGUAUUCUAAAUAAUACACUACUGGACGACGAUGAGUGAACAAACAUUGACAUUAAACCUUUAUGUCACAUUACAUUACCUAACAUUUUAAUGCAUUAUUUGGAGUCCAGAUGGUGUUGAGUCGACAUGGUGCACGAAGACCAAAUCUGACAAAGUAUCGUUGCCUUCCUGCUCUCAUUGAACUGGAGCUCUUGAAGUUAUUUCCACGCAAAGUGCUCUAGUUCCACUUGUGUUAUCUGUUCAAUUGAUAGACCAGUCUUAUUUACGAAUCACGAUAGUAGAUGAUUUAUAUAUACAUGUAUUACUUCAAAGGCACGUUUUCUUAAAAAGUUAUUGAGGCCUUAAAUUUAACUUCUUGAAUUUCAAACGAAAGACUGGAAUUACGCUAAUUGGUCAAACUUUUAUAAAUAUGUAUAAAUUUAAAAUAAAUCAAUCUUUUCAUUCAUAAAAACAGAUUUGGUCGCAACUCUAAUGACAUGUUUGUUUAAUUUUAAUCUAACCGCGCCGCAAUUUUUGACCAGUAUUUGUAUUUUUUAUUUUUUAUAUAAAUUAGGCAUUUCCUCACUAGUCUGCGUUAUUUGCUGGUAAACAUAACAAAAAUUACGUGGUCUCAAGAGGCUGUGAUUGUAUUAUCGAAAUGAAAUAAAAUGGUGUUAUUAAUGUAGUAUACGAUACUAAAUAUAUAUGGAUAUGAGUUGGCGCUUCAAAAACG